AUGUCUGAGAACAACAAUAGUAAUCAUAUGGAAGAAGAAGACGAAGAAGAAGAAAAUAACAAUGAUGACCUCGAUUUUUAUGAUUUUCUGGAAAUGGUUGCCGAUAAAAUCGAUUCUAUAACACAUCAAAUUGAAGAACGUAAAGAAGAUUCUCGACAAAGAUGGCUACGAACAAAAGAAGAAGUCGAAGAACAAAAGCGUUUACUUAAAACUCAAUUGGAAAAUCAUAUUCAUCUUCUAUCGGAAAAUUUUAAAAAACCAAAUUUUAUUCGAACAAGAGAUAAAAUUACAUUUACUAUUGGAGUCGCAAAUGCUUGCUUUUCUCCAUUAAUUGCUGGACGAUGGCCUCAUAUAUUACCGAUGAUUUACACAAUACAAGCACUAUGUCUCAUAUCAGUAAGAUUUUUCAUUUAUAAACGUAAACAUUGGCAUUAUUUUGUUUUUGAUUUAUGUUAUUUUAUUAAUCUUUUAACAUUAAUCUACUUAUGGAUUUUCCCAUCAUCGAAAAUUCUAUUUUCUGUUUGCUAUACAUUAACUCAUGGUCCAUUGGCCCUUGCAAUAGUUCUUUGGAAAAAUUCUCUUGUUUUCCAUAGUUUUGAUAAAGUAACUAGCAUAUUCAUUCAUAUGUAUCCAGUAUUAACUAUGUUUACUCUUCGUUGGCUUUUACCAGUUGAUUUGCAAAUAAAACAUUAUCCAGCUAUUCCCAAUAUUGGUUCAACCCUUCCGAUGGGUUCAUCUAUUUUUUAUACAAUAGGUUUUUAUUUGAUAUGGCAAAUAUUGUAUUGCGCAUUUAUUAUUUACGGGCGCCGUAAGAAAGUUGCAAGUGGAUUAAGAGUGACAUCGUAUACAUGGUUAUUAGCUGAUAAAAAAGGUUUCGCUUCACAGCUUAUACAAAAGCUUGGCUUUGGAGGGCCCAAUGAUGGAAUUAAUCGAUAUAAGAUUUUCGUGUAUUUUUGUUUACAAUUUUUAUACGUGCUGAUUUCAAUUUUGCCAGUUUCAUUAUUUUAUUAUCAACAUAUGUACGUGAAUGUCAUCUUUCUUUGUUCAAUGUUUACAGUCAGCGUUUAUAAUGGCGCUUCAUUUUAUAUUGAUGUCUUCUCACGUCAAUAUAUAAAAAGUGUUGAAUUAUUACAUGAAUGGGAUACUCCUGAUACGAAUACUGAAGAAAAUGACAGCAAAAAAGAUUCUUAA